CUGCGAGAAUGAAGACCAUUCUCAGCAAUCAGACUGUCGACAUUCCGGAAAAUGUCGACAUCACUCUGAAGGGACACACAGUUAUUGUGAAGGGUCCCAGAGGAACCUUGCGGAGGGACUUCAAUCACAUCAACGUAGAACUCAGUCUCCUUGGAAAGAAAAAGAAGAGGCUUCGUGUUGACAAAUGGUGGGGAAAUAGAAAGGAACUGGCUACAGUUAGGACUAUCUGUAGUCAUGUACAGAACAUGAUCAAGGGUGUUACACUGGGCUUCCGUUACAAGAUGAGGUCUGUGUAUGCUCACUUCCCCAUCAACGUCGUUAUUCAGGAGAGCGGAUCUCUUGUUGAAAUCCGAAACUUCUUGGGUGAAAAAUACAUCCGCAGGGUUCGAAUGAGACCAGGUGUUGCUUGUUCAGUAUCUCAAGCCCAGAAAGAUGAGUUAAUUCUUGAAGGAAACAACAUUGAACUUGUUGUUAAUUCAGCUGCUUUAAUUCAGCAAGCCACGACCGUUAAAAACAAGGAUAUACGGAAAUUUUUGGAUGGUAUCUAUGUCUCUGAAAAAGGAACUGUUCAGCAGGCUGAUGAAUAA